AUGAGGUCUCCUCAGCAAAGAGAAGAAGCGGAACAGCAACAAGAAGCGUUCUUGCAGCGAAGCGCGCAGCAGCUGCCGACGAAUAGCGGAUGGGGCGUGCCCCAGCAACAUCCGAAGGUUCUAGUGGCGAAGAACUGGGUGGAAGAGCUCCACGAAUUCGUCGACGAGAAACACAAUGUGCACAAGGACAUCAAGGAGCUGGUGUUAAAGAUCCGGAGAGCUCUCGGAUCAGCCGUCAAGGAGUGGACCAACGUGUUGCAGAGAGCGGAAAUAGCCGAAAGCGAAUUGGCAUCGACGAAAAACGCUCUCGCUGAUAAAACGCUGCCACAGCAAACACCGAGAACAGUCCCGGGAAACCUCGGCAAAAAGGAGAAACUAGCGCGAACGGAAAACACACCGAUGUCUGCGACAAAGAGACACCGAUCCUCGCCAGGAGAUGAAAGGCCAGGAGGCUCUAAAAGGCAGAGAGACAAUCUGCGCAAGCGAUUGGCCGCCGCAGAGGCAGAACAGGUCGGUGUCGGCAACAGAGAGACCCAGUGGCAGACUGUGCAAAGAAAGGGCAAGGCAAAGCAGACGAACGCAGGUGCAAGACCAAAAGCAAUUAGGAGAAGCGUUAAAAAGAAAGGCGAAGCGAUUGUGUUGAAGACCCGUGAGGAAAGUUACCUUGAGGUUCUACGUACCAUAAGAACGGCUCCGGAGCUUAAGGACUUCGGCGCGGACCAAUUGCUGUGCCAAUCCACGAAGGAAGCGAAGUGCGACGUAGCAAUCAUCUCGGAUCCGUACCGUAUCCCAUCCGGAAAUGGUAACUGGGUAGCAGAUGAAGCUGGAACCGCUGCGAUUUGGACGGUUGGAAGAUCUCCCCUGCAGGAAGUGGUGUAUCGCGCGAUAGAGGGUUUCGUUAUAGCCAAGGUUAACGGCGUCUACAUAUGUAGCUGCUAUUCACCUCCACGCUGGACGAUAGAGCGGUUCAAUCAGGUGCUGGACCGAAUAUUGGAGAAACUUGGCGACAGGAGGCCAGUCAUCAUUGCCGGCGAUUUUAAUGCCUGGGCAGUUGAGUGGGGUAGCCGCCUCACAAACCCCAGAGGAUGGAGCCUGCUGGAAACAGUAUCCAGACUGAACUUAGUUCUAGCCAACGAAGGAUCCACAAGCACCUAUCGAAGAGAAGGCAGAGAGUCUAUCAUCGACGUAACGUUCUGUAGUCCGACUGUAGUGAGAAGCAUGAAUUGGAGAGUCUGCGAAGAUUAUACGCAUAGUGAUCACCAAGCGUUCCGAUACCGUCUUGGAGAACGGGUACAGACGGCGGCACGUGGGGAUGAUUCCAAAGGGCGGAAGUGGAGAACAGAAGCAUUCGAUGAAGACGUGUUCGCAGAAGUGCUUCGCUUGCGAUACAACUAUGCCGAGGAAGAUACAGCCGCGGGACGUCCGCCGACCAGUCUACUGGUGGAAUGGGAGGAUCGCCGAACUCCGUCGGAACUGUCUUCGAGCUAG